AUGGCGGCCCCGCUGCGAAGAUCGCCUUCCUGCUCUUCAGAAGAUCUGGAGUAUGAAACUCUAGACCCAAUCCCAGAAGCCAGGGCCACGUCUGCUAGGACGUAUAACAAAGCUCCUAAGGAAGAUAAAGACAGUGCCCCAACUACCAAGCGUGACCUGAAACCUCCUCCUGAAUGA